AUGUCGUCGACAACGGGUUGUUGUGAUAUAAUUCGUCACAACAUUGGCGACAAUCGCGUCGACGAUCGACAGGAGGCCAACGCAAUGAGCGGUCCUUUUCUGCCAAACUCUCCCACCAUUGAAAACCCGCCGCGGGCUAUGACACUAGCGCUGGGCUCCGGUCCCUCCACUCUAAGCCAUCGAACCCGAGGCCACAAACGAACAAAGAGUGCCGGAAAUAACAGUUUACGCGAGUCUUCGUUAUAUACGGCCACCGGUGACGUCAAUUCGGGAACUCUUGCUAUCGAUCAACAAAAUGGCUUACAAUCAGAUGAGCCGCCGAACUGCGGUUUUAUGUCAUUCCGUCCGCGAUGUCUGCAACAAAUGGCCACAAUUCAGGUGUUCGUCUUCUUCUGUAGCAUUUUGGUUACUCUACAACAGGCCCUCUCUUCCGGAUAUUUCAAUAGUGUCAUAACGACUAUAGAGAAGCGGUUCGACUUCCCGAGCAAAGUGACCGGUGCUAUAGUCAGUACAUUCGAGUUGGGAAACCUACUCACCAUUAUAUUCGUGAGCUAUUUCGGCACUUAUCGACACAUUCCUCAGUGGAUCGGCAAAGGAAUCCUCAUCACAGGCAUCGGUUCCAUUGUGUUCGCGAUCCCACACUUCAUGGAUAUUCACAACCCGUUGGGUGCGUGUCAUAAUGUGAACGUUUCGGGCCCUCUAUCUGACAACACAUGCCGUAUACCCACACCAGCUCUCAGCUCUCCUGUGCUCCAGAAAGCCAGCCAUUUCAUAAACCCUGUGCCGCCGAACAACGACCCGACGUGUGUGGAAGGGGGCACUUAUAACGCGCCCCACAUUCUCAUAUUCAUUUUGGCCAUGAUUUUGAUCGGUUGCGGCGGAACUCCUAUCUUCACGUUAGGCACAACUUAUAUCGACGAUCACGUCAAGAAGGAAAGCUCAUCCAUGUAUAUCGGUAUGCAUUGCACCUACCACCGCAAACCAAACCACACACCCUUCCUAUUGGGCGGCUAUUUCAUCCAGGUUCACGAGAACUCGUUUGGCUCGGGGACCGUACCCCUAGACAUAUCUCCCGGUCACCCCAAGUGGAUAGGCGCCUGGUGGGCCGGGUUCAUUAUGCUCGGCAUUCUACUCAUUAUCAUAUCCAUACCAUUCUUCGCGUUCCCCAAAAGUCUGAAACCAAAAAGCAGAUCCGAUAAACACAUGCGUUCUCUGCAAUCGGCCGAACCCGAGGACCAACUCAUCCACAAAACCAAAUACAUGGCCAACGAGUCGUCGGCCAACAACUCGAUGAGUCGGUCCCGUAGUCCAGCGCAACAUAAGCCAGAGUACGGCCGAAACCUCAAAGAGAUCCCGGCCUGCAUGUGGCGCCUACUCACGAACCCGGUCUACAUGACCACAUGCCUGGGCUCGUGCAUGGAGUUGGCGAUCGUCAGCGGGUUCCUCGUCUUUUUGCCCAAAUAUUUGGAAACGCAGUUCAGUUUAGGCAAAUCGGAGGCCAACUACAAACGGCCACCCUAG